UCCGUUGAGUCCGGGGUUGGAUCUACUUGCAAGCAGAAAGGCGAGACCAUCACCUUCACUCCCGCUUUAGUCUGAUUUUAGUCGAGUUAACUCCUAAAACAAUGUUGAAAGAGCUGGUGAAAGAACGCCUAAUGGUGGCGGCCGAGGAAAUAUUCGCGCUCUUUGAAACGACGAUGGCGUCGUACGAGGAGGAACUUUCUCGAACGAGAGAGGAGAAGGAGCAACAUCGACAACAACUGGAAGCUUUUAGCCAGAUUCGCAUGAUGUUACAAGCUGGAGACAUCCAGCUGGUUGCUCAUCGAGGAGAACAUCCCCCUCAACCGCAGAUGGAACCUCAGCCCCCCCACAUUAAAGAGGAAGAGGAGGAACUUUGGAUCACCCAGGAGGGAGAGUGUCUUUUAGGGUCGGGGGAGGCUGAUCCCGCCGAGUUGCCACAGACUGUUGUCUCUGUGAAGACUGAAGACAAAGCACCUGCAUCCUCACAGCUUCAUCACAAAGGGGCGGAGCCUCCAAGCAGCAGCUCAACACAACACAUGACAACAGAAGCUGAUGGAGGAUCUCAAGCAGACAACCUCUUAGCUCCACUAUCAGAUUGGGAGGACACGACAUCACAGGAUAAGGACUGGGACAACACCCACAAACCAAACUGGGAUGAACACCCCAACAAGAUGACCGGUAAAAAGAAAAUUGUCUGCUCAAUUUGCAAUAAAAGAGUAACUCGAAUACGUGAUUUGCAUCGACACCAAAAAACACACGCAGCGGCGGAGCGUUUUAGUUGUUCGGUAUGUGGCAAAAGCUAUUGUUACAAAUCUAUUUUCACUCGACACAUGCAGACGCACACCGUAGGAAAAACGUUCAGUUGCUCGGUGUGCUUUAGAGCAUUCUCGCUUGAGUCGGCGAUGGUAGCGCACAUGGCAAAGCAUACAGGCAACACAGCCUACGAGUGUUCCGUUUGCUCUCAAGGCUUUCUUUAUGGGAGCGAUUUGAUCCAACACAUGGAAAUACACAAAGGAGACAAACCUUUUCCGUGCUCUGUUUGUGGCAAGAGAUUUUUUCGUAAUUCCGUUUUGUCGUCACACAUGAGAACACACACUGAGUACGACCUGUAAGGCACAGGCACCCGUUUGGUUGAUCCCGAGCUACCAAAAAGGGGGGUCGGUCGAUCGCCAAGCAUCGCAAAAAAAUACAGAUAACCGUAUUUUUUGAUUAUAAGUCGCUCCGAAGUAUAAGUCGCACCGGCCGAAAAUGCAUAAUAAAGAAGAAAAAAACAUAUAUAAGUCGCACUAGAGCAGGCCUGGGCAAUUAUUUUGACUCGGGGGGCCACAUUUAGAGAAAAAAAUGUGUCUGGGGGCCGGUAUAUCUAUUAUUAGGAACACUACCGUAUUUUCCGCACUAUAAGGCGCACCGGAUUAUUAGCCGCACCUUCAAUGAAUGGCAUAUUUCAUAACUUUGUCCACCAAUAAGCCGCCCCGGACUAUAAGCCGCGCCUACGCUGCGCUAAAGGGAAUGUCAAAAAAACAGUCAGAUAGGUCAGUCAAACUUUAAUAAUAUAUUAAAAACCAGCGUUCUAACAACUCUGUUCACUCCCAAAAUGUACGCAAAUGUGCAAUCACAAACAUAGUAAAAUUCAAAAUAGUGCAGAGCAAUAGCAACAUAAUGUUGCUCGAACGUUAAUGUCACAACACACAAAAUAAACA